AUGAACAACAUAAUUUUCAAAAAAACAUCACCAAUAGAAGAAACAACAACUAUUGUAAACACUGUAGCAGCUACAGACACACUUAAAACUACUCCAUCUGAAGUUCAAACAAGCACAAACACAGUAUCACCAAUAGAAGAAACAACCACAUUACCCAGUACUGACGCAGUUACAGACACAGUUGAAACUACUCCAAAUAAAGUUCAAACAAGCACAAACAUAGCAUCACCAAUAAAAGAAAUAACAACAUUACCCAGUACUGAUGCAGUAAAAGACACAAUUGAAAGUACUCCAUCUAAAGUUAAAACAGACACAAACACAGCAUCACCAAUAAAAGAAACAACAAUUAUUGUAAGUAUUGCAGCAGCUACAGAAACAGUUGAAACUACUCCAUCUGAAGUUCAAACAACCACAAAUAAAACAUCACCAUUAGAAGAAACAACAACUAUUGUAAGUACUGCAGCAGCUACAGACACAGUUGAAACUACUCCAUCUAUAGUUCAAACAAGCACAAACACAGCAUCACCAAUAGAAGAAACAACAACAUUACUCAGUACUGAUGCAGUUACAGACACAGUUAAAACUACUCCAUUUGAAGUUCAAACAACCACAAAUAAAGCAUCACCAAUAAAAGAAACAACCACAUUACCCAGGACUAAUGCAGUUAAAGACACAGUUAAAACUACUCCAUCUGAAGUUCAAAAAAUCACAAACACAGCAUCACCAAUUGAAAAAAAAACAACUAUUGUAAGCACUACAGCAGCUAUAGGCACUGUUAAAACUACUCCUUCUGAAGUUCAAACAAGCACAAACACAGCAUCACCAAUAGAAGAAACAACAACAUUACCCAGUACUGAUGCAGUUACAGACACAGUUGAAACUACACCAUCUGAAGUUCAAACAAGCACAAACACAGCAUCACCAAUAGAAGAAACAACAACUAUUGUAAGUACUACAGCAGCUACAGAAACAAUUGAAACUACUCCAUCUGAAGUUCAAACAAGCACAAACACAGCAUCACAAAUAGAAGAAUCAACAACUACUGUAAGCACUGCAGCAGCUACAGACACAGCUGAAACUACUCCAUCUGAAGUUCAAACAACCACAAAUACAGCAUCACCAAUAGAAGAAACAACAACUAUCGUAAGUACUGCAGCAGCUACAGAAACAGUUGAAACUACUCCAUCUGAUAUUCAAACAACCACAAAUACAGCAUCACCAAUAGAAGAAACAACAACUAUUGUAAGUACUUCAGCAGCUACAGAAACAGUUGAAACUACUCCAUCUGAAGUUCAAACAAGCACAAACACAGCAUCACAAAUAGAAGAAACAACAACUAUUGUAAGCACUGCAGCAGCUACAGACACAUUUGAAACUACUCCAUCUAAAGUUCAAAAAAGCACAAACACAGCAUCAGCAAUAGAAGAAACAACAACUAUUGUAAUUACUGCAGCAGCUACAGAAACAGUUGAAACUACUCCAUCUGAAGUUCAAACAACCACAAAUACAGCAUCACCAAUAGAAGAAACAACAACUAUCGUAAGUACAGCAGCAACAGACACAGUUGAAACUACUCCAUCUGAAGUUGAAAUAACCACAAAUACAGCAUCACCAAUAGAAGAAAAAACAACUAUUGUAAGUACUUCAGCAGCUACAGAAACAGUUGAAACUACUCCAUCUGAAGUUCAAACAAGCACAAACACAGCAUCACAAAUAGAAGAAACAACAACUAUUGUAAGCACUGCAGCAGCUACAGACACAUUUGAAACUACUCCAACUGAAGUUCAAACAACCACAAAUAGAGCAUCACCAAUAGAAGAAACAACAACUAUUGUAAGAACUUCAGCAGCUACAGAACCAGUUAAAACUACUCCAUCUAAAGUUCAAAAAAGCACAAACACAGCAUCAGCAAUAGAGGAAACAACAACUAUUGUAAUUACUGCAGCAGCUACAGAAACAGUUGAAACUACUCCAUCUGAAGUUCAAACAACCACAAAUACAGCAUCACAAAUAGAAGAAACAACAACUAUUGUAAGCACUGCAGCAGCUACAGACACAGUUGAAACUACUCUAUCUGAAGUUCAAACAACCACAAAUACAGCAUCAACAAUAGAAGAAACAACAACUAUUGUAAGUACUUCAGCAGCUACAGAAACAAUUGAAACUACUCCAUCUGAAGUUCAAACAAGCGCAAACGCAGCAUCAGCAAUAGAAGAAACAACAACUAUUGUAAGUACUGCAGCAGCUACAGAAACAGUUGAAACUACUCCAUCUGAAAAUCAAACAAGCACAAACACAGCAUCACAAUUAGAAGAAACAACAACUAUUGUAAGCACUACAGCAGCUAUAGACACUGUUAAAACUACUCCAUCUGAAGUUCAAACAAGCGCAAACACAGCAUCACCAAUAGAAGAAACAACAACUAUUGUAAGUACUUCAGAAGCUACAGAAACAGUUGAAACUACUCCAUCUGAAGUUCAAACAAGCACAAACACAGCAUCACAAAUAGAAGAAACAACAACUAUUGUAAGCACGGCAGCAGCUACAGACACAGUUGAAACUACUCCAUCUGAAGUUCAAACAACCACAAAUACAGCAUCACCAAUAGAAGAAACAACAACUAUUGUAAGUACUGCAGCAGCUACAGAAACAGUUGAAACUACUCCAUCUGAAGUUCAAACAAGCACAAACACAGCAUCACCAAUUGAAAAAACAACAACUAUUGUAAGCACUACAGCAGCUAUAGGCACUGUUGAAACUACUCCAUCUGAAGUUCAAACAAGCACAAACACAGCAUCACAAUUAGAAGAAACAACAACUAUUGUAAGCACUACAGCAGCUAUAGACACUGUUAAAACUACUCCAUCUGAAGUUCAAACAAGCACAAACACAGCAUCACCAAUAGAAGAAACAACAACUAUUGUAAGCACUGCAGCAGCUACAGACACAGUUGAAACUACUCCAUCUGAAGUUCAAAGAACCACAAACACAGCAUCACCAAUAGAAGAAACAACAACAAUUGUGAGUACUUCAGCAGCUACAGACACAGUUGAAACUACUCCAUCUGAAGUUCAAACAACCACAAAUACAACAUCACCAAUAGAAGAAACAACAACUAAUGUAAGUACUUCAGCAGCUUCAGAAACAGUUGAAACUACUCCAUCUGAGGUUCAAACAAGCACAAACACAGCAUCAGCAAUAGAAGAAACAACAACUAUUGUAAGUACUGCAGCAGCUACAGAAACAGUUGAAACUACUCCAUCUGAAGUUCAAACAACCACAAAUACAGCAUCACCAAUAGAAGAAACAACAACUAUUGUAAGAACUUCAGCAGCUACAGAAAAAGUUGAAACUACUCCAUCUGAAGUUCAAACAAGCACAAACACAGCAUCAGCAAUAGAAGAAACAACAACUAUUGUAAGUACUGCAGCAGCUACAGAAACAGUUGAAACUACUCCAUCUGAAGUUCAAACAAGCACAAAGACAGCAUCACAAAUAGAAGAAACAACAACUAUUGUAAGCACUACAGCAGCUAUAGACACUGUUAAAACUACUCCAUCUGAAGUUCAAACAAGCACAAACACAGCAUCACCAAUAGAAGAAACAACAACUAUUGUAAGUACUUCAGCAGCUACAGAAACAGUUGAAACUACUCCAUCUGAAGUUCAAACAAGCACAAACACAGCAUCACAAAUACAAGAAACAACAACUAUUGUAAGCACUGCAGCAGCUACAGACACAGUUAAAACUACUCCAUCUGAAGUUCACACAACCACAAAUACAGCAUCACCAAUAGAAGAAACAACAACUAUUGUAAGUACUUCAGCAGCUACAGAAAAAGUUGAAACUACUCCAUCUAAAGUUCAAACAAGCACAAACGCAGCAUCAGCAAUAGAAGAAACAACAACUAUUGUAAGUACUGCAGCAGCUACAGAAACAGUUGAAACUACUCCAUCUGAAGUUCAAACAAGCACAAACACAGCAUCACAAAUAGAAGAAACAACAACUAUUGUAAGCACUACAGCAGCUAUAGACACUGUUAAAACUACUCCAUCUGAAGUUCAAACAAGCACAAACACAGCAUCACCAAUAGAAGAAACAACAACUAUUGUAAGUACUUCAGCAGCUACAGAAAAAGUUGAAACUACUCCAUCUGAAGUUCAAACAAGCACAAACGCAGCAUCAGCAAUAGAAGAAACAACAACUAUUGUAAGUACUGCAGCAGCUACAGAAACAGUUGAAACUACUCCAUCUGAAGUUCAAACAAGCACAAACACAGCAUCACAAAUACAAGAAACAACAACUAUUGUAAGCACUGCAGCAGCUACAUACACAGUUGAAACUACUCCAUCUGAAGUUCACACAACCACAAAGACAGCAUCACCAAUAGAAGAAACAACAACUAUUGUAAGUACUUCAGCAGCUACAGAAAAAGUUGAAACUACUCCAUCUGAAGUUCAAACAAGCACAAACGCAGCAUCAGCAAUAGAAGAAACAACAACUAUUGUAAGUACUGCAGCAGCUACAGAAACAGUUGAAACUACUCCAUCUGAAGUUCAAACAAGCACAAACACAGCAUCACAAAUAGAAGAAACAACAACUAUUGUAAGCACUACAGCAGCUAUAGACACUGUUAAAAUUACUCCAUCUGAAGUUCAAAGAACCACAAACACAGCAUCACCAAUAGAAGAAACAACAACUAUUGUAAGUACUUCAGCAGCUUCAGAAACAGUUGAAACUACUCCAUCUGAGGUUCAAACAAGCACAAACACAGCAUCAGCAAUAGAAGAAACAACAACUAUUGUAAGUACUGCAGCUGCUACAGAAACAGUUGAAACUACUCCAUCUGAAGUUCAAACAAGCACAAACACAGCAUCACAAAUAGAAGAAACAACAACUAUUGUAAGCACUACAGCAGCUACAGACACUGUUAAAACUACUCCAUCUGAAGUUCAAACAAGCACAAACACAGCAUCACCAAUAGAAGAAACAACAACUAUUGUAAGUACUUCAGCAGCUACAGAAACAGUUGAAACUACUCCAACUGAAGUUCAAACAAGCACAAACACAGCAUCACAAAUAGAAGAAACAACAACUAUUGUAAGCACUGCAGCAGCUACAGACACAGUUGAAACUACUCCAUCUGAAGUUCACACAACCACAAAUACAGCAUCACCAAUAGAAGAAACAACAACUAUUGUAAGUACUGCAGCAGCUACAGAAACAGUUGAAACUACUCCAUCUGAAGUUCAAACAACCACAAAUACAACAUCACCAAUAGAAGAAACAACAACUAUUGCAAGUACUUUAGCAGCUACAGAAACAGUUCAAACUACUCCAUCUGAAGUUCAAACAAGCACAAACACAGCAUCACCAAUAGAAGAAACAACAACUAUUGUAAGUACUGCAGCAGCUACAGAAACAGUUGAAACUACUCCAUCUGAAGUUCAAACAAGCACAAACACAGCAUUACCAAUUGAAAAAAUAACAACUGUUGUAAGCACUACAGCAGCUAUAGGCACUGUUGAAACUACUCCAUCUGAAGUUCAAACAAGCACAAACACAGCAUCACCAAUAGAAGAAACAACAACAUUACCCAAUACUGAUGCAGUUACAGACACAGUUGAAACUACUCCAUUUGAAGUUCAAACAACCACAAAUACAGCAUCACCAAUAGAAGAAACAACAACAUUACCCAGUACUGAUGCAGUUACAGACACAGUUGAAACUACACCAUCUGAAGUUCAAACAAGCACAAACACAGCAUCACCAAUAGAAGAAACAACAACUAUUGUAAGUACUACAGCAGCUACAGAAACAAUUGAAACUACUCCAUCUGAAGUUCAAACAAGCACAAACACAGCAUCAGCAAUAGAAGAAACAACAACUAUUGUAAGUACUGCAGCAGCUACAGAAACAGUUGAAACUACUCCAUCUGAAGUUCAAACAAGCACAAACACAGCAUCACAAAUAGAAGAAACAACAACUAUUGUAAGCACUACAGCAGCUACAGACACUGUUAAAACUACUCCAUCUGAAGUUCAAACAAGCACAAACACAGCAUCACCAAUAGAAGAAACAACAACUAUUGUAAGUACUUCAGCAGCUACAGAAACAGUUGAAACUACUCCAACUGAAGUUCAAACAAGCACAAACACAGCAUCACAAAUAGAAGAAACAACAACUAUUGUAAGCACUGCAGCAGCUACAGACACAGUUGAAACUACUCCAUCUGAAGUUCACACAACCACAAAUACAGCAUCACCAAUAAAAGAAACAACAACUAUUGUAAGUACUGCAGCAGCUACAGAAACAGUUGAAACUACUCCAUCUGAAGUUCAAACAAUCACAAAUACAGCAUCACCAAUAGAAGAAACAACAACUAUUGCAAGUACUUCAGCAGCUACAGAAACAGUUCAAACUACUCCAUCUGAAGUUCAAACAAGCACAAACACAGCAUCACCAAUAGAAGAAACAACAACUAUUGUAAGUACUGCAGCAGCUACAGAAACAGUUGAAACUACUCCAUCUGAAGUUCAAACAAGCACAAACACAGCAUUACCAAUUGAAAAAAUAACAACUGUUGUAAGCACUACAGCAGCUAUAGGCACUGUUGAAACUACUCCAUCUGAAGUUCAAACAAGCACAAACACAGCAUCACCAAUAGAAGAAACAACAACAUUACCCAAUACUGAUGCAGUUACAGACACAGUUGAAACUACUCCAUUUGAAGUUCAAACAACCACAAAUACAGCAUCACCAAUAGAAGAAACAACAACAUUACCCAGUACUGAUGCAGUUACAGACACAGUUGAAACUACACCAUCUGAAGUUCAAACAAGCACAAACACAGCAUCACCAAUAGAAGAAACAACAACUAUUGUAAGUACUACAGCAGCUACAGAAACAAUUGAAACUACUCCAUCUGAAGUUCAAACAAGCACAAACACAGCAUCAGCAAUAGAAGAAACAACAACUAUUGUAAGUACUGCAGCAGCUACAGAAACAGUUGAAACUACUCCAUCUGAAGUUCAAACAAGCACAAACACAGCAUCACAAAUAGAAGAAACAACAACUAUUGUAAGCACUACAGCAGCUACAGACACUGUUAAAACUACUCCAUCUGAAGUUCAAACAAGCACAAACACAGCAUCACCAAUAGAAGAAACAACAACUAUUGUAAGUACUUCAGCAGCUACAGAAACAGUUGAAACUACUCCAACUGAAGUUCAAACAAGCACAAACACAGCAUCACAAAUAGAAGAAACAACAACUAUUGUAAGCACUGCAGCAGCUACAGACACAGUUGAAACUACUCCAUCUGAAGUUCACACAACCACAAAUACAGCAUCACCAAUAGAAGAAACAACAACUAUUGUAAGUACUGCAGCAGCUACAGAAACAGUUGAAACUACUCCAUCUGAAGUUCAAACAACCACAAAUACAGCAUCACCAAUAGAAGAAACAACAACUAUUGCAAGUACUUCAGCAGCUACAGAAACAGUUCAAACUACUCCAUCUGAAGUUCAAACAAGCACAAACACAGCAUCACCAAUAGAAGAAACAACAACUAUUGUAAGUACUGCAGCAGCUACAGAAACAGUUGAAACUACUCCAUCUGAAGUUCAAACAAGCACAAACACAGCAUUACCAAUUGAAAAAAUAACAACUGUUGUAAGCACUACAGCAGCUAUAGGCACUGUUGAAACUACUCCAUCUGAAGUUCAAACAAGCACAAACACAGCAUCACCAAUAGAAGAAACAACAACAUUACCCAAUACUGAUGCAGUUACAGACACAGUUGAAACUACUCCAUUUGAAGUUCAAACAAUCACAAAUACAGCAUCACCAAUAGAAGAAACAACAACAUUACCCAGUACUGAUGCAGUUACAGACACAGUUGAAACUACACCAUCUGAAGUUCAAACAAGCACAAACACAGCAUCAGCAAUAGAAGAAACAACAACUAUUGUAAGUACUACAGCAGCUACAGAAACAAUUGAAACUACUCCAUCUGAAGUUCAAACAAGCACAAACACAGCAUCACAAAUAGAAGAAACAACAACUAUUGUAAGCACUACAGCAGCUACAGACACUGUUAAAACUACUCCAUCUGAAGUUCAAACAAGCACAAACACAGCAUCACCAAUAGAAGAAACAACAACUAUUGUAAGUACUUCAGCAGCUACAGAAACAGUUGAAACUACUCCAACUGAAGUUCAAACAAGCACAAACACAGCAUCACAAAUAGAAGAAACAACAACUAUUGUAAGCACUGCAGCAGCUACAGACACAGUUGAAACUACUCCAUCUGAAGUUCACACAACCACAAAUACAGCAUCACCAAUAGAAGAAACAACAACUAUUGUAAGUACUGCAGCAGCUACAGAAACAGUUGAAACUACUCCAUCUGAAGUUCAAACAACCACAAAUACAGCAUCACCAAUAGAAGAAACAACAACUAUUGCAAGUACUUCAGCAGCUACAGAAACAGUUCAAACUACUCCAUCUGAAGUUCAAACAAGCACAAACACAGCAUCACCAAUAGAAGAAACAACAACUAUUGUAAGUACUGCAGCAGCUACAGAAACAGUUGAAACUACUCCAUCUGAAGUUCAAACAAGCACAAACACAGCAUUACCAAUUGAAAAAAUAACAACUGUUGUAAGCACUACAGCAGCUAUAGGCACUGUUGAAACUACUCCAUCUGAAGUUCAAACAAGCACAAACACAGCAUCACCAAUAGAAGAAACAACAACAUUACCCAAUACUGAUGCAGUUACAGACACAGUUGAAACUACUCCAUUUGAAGUUCAAACAAUCACAAAUACAGCAUCACCAAUAGAAGAAACAACAACAUUACCCAGUACUGAUGCAGUUACAGACACAGUUGAAACUACACCAUCUGAAGUUCAAACAAGCACAAACACAGCAUCAGCAAUAGAAGAAACAACAACUAUUGUAAGUACUACAGCAGCUACAGAAACAAUUGAAACUACUCCAUCUGAAGUUCAAACAAGCACAAACACAGCAUCACAAAUAGAAGAAACAACAACUAUUGUAAGCACUACAGCAGCUACAGACACUGUUAAAACUACUCCAUCUGAAGUUCAAACAAGCACAAACACAGCAUCACCAAUAGAAGAAACAACAACUAUUGUAAGUACUUCAGCAGCUACAGAAACAGUUGAAACUACUCCAACUGAAGUUCAAACAAGCACAAACACAGCAUCACAAAUAGAAGAAACAACAACUAUUGUAAGCACUGCAGCAGCUACAGACACAGUUGAAACUACUCCAUCUGAAGUUCACACAACCACAAAUACAGCAUCACCAAUAGAAGAAACAACAUUUAUUGUAAGUACUGCAGCAGCUACAGAAACAGUUGAAACUACUCCAUCUGAAGUUCAAACAACCACAAAUAGAGCAUCACCAAUAGAAGAAACAACAACUAUUGCAAGUACUUCAGCAGCUACAGAAACAGUUCAAACUACUCCAUCUGAAGUUCAAACAAGCACAAACACAGCAUCACCAAUAGAAGAAACAACAACUAUUGUAAGUACUGCAGCAGCUACAGAAACAGUUGAAACUACUCCAUCUGAAGUUCAAACAAGCACAAACACAGCAUUACCAAUUGAAAAAAUAACAACUGUUGUAAGCACUACAGCAGCUAUAGGCACUGUUGAAACUACUCCAUCUGAAGUUCAAACAAGCACAAACACAGCAUCACCAAUAGAAGAAACAACAACAUUACCCAAUACUGAUGCAGAUACAGACACAGUUGAAACUACUCCAUUUGAAGUUCAAACAACCACAAAUACAGCAUCACCAAUAGAAGAAACAACAACAUUACCCAGUACUGAUGCAGUUACAGACACAGUUGAAACUACACCAUCUGAAGUUCAAACAAGCACAAACACAGCAUCACCAAUAGAAGAAACAACAACUAUUGUAAGUACUACAGCAGCUACAGAAACAAUUGAAACUACUCCAUCUGAAGUUCAAACAAGCACAAACACAGCAUCAGCAAUAGAAGAAACAACAACUAUUGUAAGUACUGCAGCAGCUACAGAAACAGUUGAAACUACUCCAUCUGAAGUUCAAACAAGCACAAACACAGCAUCACAAAUAGAAGAAACAACAACUAUUGUAAGCACUACAGCAGCUAUAGACACUGUUAAAACUACUCCAUCUGAAGUUCAAACAAGCACAAACACAGCAUCACCAAUAGAAGAAACAACAACUAUUGUAAGCACUACAGCAGCUAUAGACACUGUUAAAACUACUCCAUCUGAAGUUCAAACAAGCACAAACACAGCAUCACAAAUAGAAGAAACAACAACUAUUGUAAGCACUGCAGCAGCUACAGACACAGUUGAAACUACUCCAUCUGAAGUUCAAACAAGCACAAACACAGCAUCACCAAUUGAAGAAACAACAAUUAUUGUAAGUACUUCAGCAGCUACAGAAACAGUUGAAACUACUCCAUCUGAAGUUCAAACAAGCACAAACGCAAUAUCACAAAUAGAAGAAACAACAACUAUUGUAAGCACUGCAGCAGCUACAGACACUGUUGAAACUACUCCAUCUGAAGUUCAAACAAGCACAAACACAGCAUCACCAAUAGAAGAAACAACAACAUUACCCAGUACUGAUGCAGUUACAGACACAGUUGAAACUACUCUAUUUGAAGUUCAAACAACCACAAAUAGAGCAUCACCAAUAAAAGAAACAACAACUAUCGUAAGUACAUCAGCAGCUACAGAAACAGUUGAAACUACUCCAUCUGAAGUUCAAACAAGCACAAACACAGCAUCACCAAUUGAAAAAAUAACAACUAUUGUAAGCACUACAGCAGCUAUAGACACUGUUGAAACUACUCCAUCUGAAGUUGAAAUAAGCACAAACACAGCAUCACCAAUAGAAGAAACAACAACUAUUGUUAGUACUACAGCAGCUACAGAAACAGUUGAAACUACUCCAUCUGAAGUUCAAACAAGCACAAACACAGCAUCACAAAUAGAAGAAACAACAACUAUUGUAAGCACUGCAGCAGCUACAGACACAGUUGAAACUACUCCAUCUGAAGUUCAAAGAACCACAAACACAGCAUCACCAAUAGAAGAAACAACAACUAUUGUGAGUACUUCAGCAGCUACAGACACAGUUGAAACUACUCCAUCUGAAGUUCAAACAACCACAAAUACAACAUCACCAAUAGAAGAAACAACAACUAUUGUAAGUACUUCAGCAGCUUCAGAAACAGUUGAAACUACUCCAUCUGAGGUUCAAACAAGCACAAACACAGCAUCAGCAAUAGAAGAAACAACAACUAUUGUAAGUACUGCAGCAGCUACAGAAACAGUUGAAACUACUCCAUCUGAAGUUCAAACAAGCACAAACACAGCAUCACCAAUAGAAGAAACAACAACAUUACCCAAUACUGAUGCAGUUACAGACACAGUUGAAACUACUCCAUUUGAAGUUCAAACAACCACAAAUACAGCAUCACCAAUAGAAGAAACAACAACAUUACCCAGUACUGAUGCAGUUACAGACACAGUUGAAACUACACCAUCUGAAGUUCAAACAAGCACAAACACAGCAUCACCAAUAGAAGAAACAACAACUAUUGUAAGUACUACAGCAGCUACAGAAACAAUUGAAACUACUCCAUCUGAAGUUCAAACAAGCACAAACACAGCAUCAGCAAUAGAAGAAACAACAACUAUUGUAAGUACUGCAGCAGCUACAGAAACAGUUGAAACUACUCCAUCUGAAGUUCAAACAAGCACAAACACAGCAUCACCAAUAGAAGAAACAACAACUAUUGUAAGUACUUCAGCAGCUACAGAAACAGUUGAAACUACUCCAACUGAAGUUCAAACAAGCACAAACACAGCAUCACAAAUAGAAGAAACAACAACUAUUGUAAGCACUGCAGCAGCUACAGACACAGUUGAAACUACUCCAUCUGAAGUUCACACAACCACAAAUACAGCAUCACCAAUAGAAGAAACAACAUUUAUUGUAAGUACUGCAGCAGCUACAGAAACAGUUGAAACUACUCCAUCUGAAGUUCAAACAACCACAAAUACAGCAUCACCAAUAGAAGAAACAACAACUAUUGCAAGUACUUCAGCAGCUACAGAAACAGUUCAAACUACUCCAUCUGAAGUUCAAACAAGCACAAACACAGCAUCACCAAUAGAAGAAACAACAACUAUUGUAAGUACUGCAGCAGCUACAGAAACAGUUGAAACUACUCCAUCUGAAGUUCAAACAAGCACAAACACAGCAUUACCAAUUGAAAAAAUAACAACUGUUGUAAGCACUACAGCAGCUAUAGGCACUGUUGAAACUACUCCAUCUGAAGUUCAAACAAGCACAAACACAGCAUCACCAAUAGAAGAAACAACAACAUUACCCAAUACUGAUGCAGUUACAGACACAGUUGAAACUACUCCAUUUGAAGUUCAAACAACCACAAAUACAGCAUCACCAAUAGAAGAAACAACAACAUUACCCAGUACUGAUGCAGUUACAGACACAGUUGAAACUACACCAUCUGAAGUUCAAACAAGCACAAACACAGCAUCACCAAUAGAAGAAACAACAACUAUUGUAAGUACUACAGCAGCUACAGAAACAAUUGAAACUACUCCAUCUGAAGUUCAAACAAGCACAAACACAGCAUCAGCAAUAGAAGAAACAACAACUAUUGUAAGUACUGCAGCAGCUACAGAAACAGUUGAAACUACUCCAUCUGAAGUUCAAACAAGCACAAACACAGCAUCACAAAUAGAAGAAACAACAACUAUUGUAAGCACUACAGCAGCUAUAGACACUGUUAAAACUACUCCAUCUGAAGUUCAAACAAGCACAAACACAGCAUCACCAAUAGAAGAAACAACAACUAUUGUAAGCACUACAGCAGCUAUAGACACUGUUAAAACUACUCCAUCUGAAGUUCAAACAAGCACAAACACAGCAUCACAAAUAGAAGAAACAACAACUAUUGUAAGCACUGCAGCAGCUACAGACACAGUUGAAACUACUCCAUCUGAAGUUCAAACAAGCACAAACACAGCAUCACCAAUUGAAGAAACAACAAUUAUUGUAAGUACUUCAGCAGCUACAGAAACAGUUGAAACUACUCCAUCUGAAGUUCAAACAAGCACAAACGCAAUAUCACAAAUAGAAGAAACAACAACUAUUGUAAGCACUGCAGCAGCUACAGACACUGUUGAAACUACUCCAUCUGAAGUUCAAACAAGCACAAACACAGCAUCACCAAUAGAAGAAACAACAACAUUACCCAGUACUGAUGCAGUUACAGACACAGUUGAAACUACUCUAUUUGAAGUUCAAACAACCACAAAUAGAGCAUCACCAAUAAAAGAAACAACAACUAUCGUAAGUACAUCAGCAGCUACAGAAACAGUUGAAACUACUCCAUCUGAAGUUCAAACAAGCACAAACACAGCAUCACCAAUUGAAAAAAUAACAACUAUUGUAAGCACUACAGCAGCUAUAGACACUGUUGAAACUACUCCAUCUGAAGUUGAAAUAAGCACAAACACAGCAUCACCAAUAGAAGAAACAACAACUAUUGUUAGUACUACAGCAGCUACAGAAACAGUUGAAACUACUCCAUCUGAAGUUCAAACAAGCACAAACACAGCAUCACAAAUAGAAGAAACAACAACUAUUGUAAGCACUGCAGCAGCUACAGACACAGUUGAAACUACUCCAUCUGAAGUUCAAAGAACCACAAACACAGCAUCACCAAUAGAAGAAACAACAACUAUUGUGAGUACUUCAGCAGCUACAGACACAGUUGAAACUACUCCAUCUGAAGUUCAAACAACCACAAAUACAACAUCACCAAUAGAAGAAACAACAACUAUUGUAAGUACUUCAGCAGCUUCAGAAACAGUUGAAACUACUCCAUCUGAGGUUCAAACAAGCACAAACACAGCAUCAGCAAUAGAAGAAACAACAACUAUUGUAAGUACUGCAGCAGCUACAGAAACAGUUGAAACUACUCCAUCUGAAGUUCAAACAAGCACAAACACAGCAUUACCAAUUGAAAAAAUAACAACUGUUGUAAGCACUACAGCAGCUAUAGGCACUGUUGAAACUACUCCAUCUGAAGUUCAAACAAGCACAAACACAGCAUCACCAAUAGAAGAAACAACAACAUUACCCAAUACUGAUGCAGUUACAGACACAGUUGAAACUACUCCAUUUGAAGUUCAAACAACCACAAAUACAGCAUCACCAAUAGAAGAAACAACAACAUUACCCAGUACUGAUGCAGUUACAGACACAGUUGAAACUACACCAUCUGAAGUUCAAACAAGCACAAACACAGCAUCACCAAUAGAAGAAACAACAACUAUUGUAAGUACUACAGCAGCUACAGAAACAAUUGAAACUACUCCAUCUGAAGUUCAAACAAGCACAAACACAGCAUCAGCAAUAGAAGAAACAACAACUAUUGUAAGUACUGCAGCAGCUACAGAAACAGUUGAAACUACUCCAUCUGAAGUUCAAACAAGCACAAACACAGCAUCACAAAUAGAAGAAACAACAACUAUUGUAAGCACUACAGCAGCUAUAGACACUGUUAAAACUACUCCAUCUGAAGUUCAAACAAGCACAAACACAGCAUCACCAAUAGAAGAAACAACAACUAUUGUAAGCACUACAGCAGCUAUAGACACUGUUAAAACUACUCCAUCUGAAGUUCAAACAAGCACAAACACAGCAUCACAAAUAGAAGAAACAACAACUAUUGUAAGCACUGCAGCAGCUACAGACACAGUUGAAACUACUCCAUCUGAAGUUCAAACAAGCACAAACACAGCAUCACCAAUUGAAGAAACAACAAUUAUUGUAAGUACUUCAGCAGCUACAGAAACAGUUGAAACUACUCCAUCUGAAGUUCAAACAAGCACAAACGCAAUAUCACAAAUAGAAGAAACAACAACUAUUGUAAGCACUGCAGCAGCUACAGACACUGUUGAAACUACUCCAUCUGAAGUUCAAACAAGCACAAACACAGCAUCACCAAUAGAAGAAACAACAACAUUACCCAGUACUGAUGCAGUUACAGACACAGUUGAAACUACUCUAUUUGAAGUUCAAACAACCACAAAUAGAGCAUCACCAAUAAAAGAAACAACAACUAUCGUAAGUACAUCAGCAGCUACAGAAACAGUUGAAACUACUCCAUCUGAAGUUCAAACAAGCACAAACACAGCAUCACCAAUUGAAAAAAUAACAACUAUUGUAAGCACUACAGCAGCUAUAGACACUGUUGAAACUACUCCAUCUGAAGUUGAAAUAAGCACAAACACAGCAUCACCAAUAGAAGAAACAACAACUAUUGUUAGUACUACAGCAGCUACAGAAACAGUUGAAACUACUCUAUUUGAAGUUCAAACAAGCACAAACACAGCAUCACAAAUAGAAGAAACAACAACUAUUGUAAGCACUGCAGCAGCUACAGAAACAGUUGAAACUACUCCAUCUGAAGUUCAAACAAGCACAAACACAGCAUUAAUAAUAGAAGAAACAACAACUAUUGUAAGUACUUCAGCAGCUACAGAAACAGUUGAAACUACUCCAUCUGAAGUUCAAACAAGCACAAACACAGCAUCACAAAUAGAAGAAACAACAACUAUUGUAAGCACUUCAGCAGCUACGGACACAGUUGAAACUACUCCAUCUGAAGUUCAAACAAGCACAAACACAGCAUCACCAAGACAAGAAACAACAGUUAAACUACAAACAACAACUCUAAAAUUUUCAUCUAAAAUUGCUCCUACACCAAUAGCGCCUCCAUGCCCUCAGAAACUUUGUCAAGGCUUGACUGAUGGAAAUUAUGAAAUUCUAGGAUAUCCCCAUGAUUUUGUUCAGUGUUCUAAUGGAAUUGCUUCUUGUCAAUCUUGCUGGCCUCAAAGUUUAGUUUUUAGUCAAUCUUGCAAUCAAUGUUUAUACAAUAAAGAAGGAUUUAUUGAUGUUUCAGUCAACUUAUAUACACUUGAAAACCAAUUAUUAAAGUUAUCUAUUGGUUAUGUCAAAAUAGAACUUUUAUAUGACCAUCUUUUGAAGUGCAUAAGAAAUAAUUUCAGUUAA